AUGGCACUCACCGAAACCGUCACGGAAACGAUAUCUGCUCACGAUGUUAGAGCCACAUUCUACUACAUGGACUUGACUGACCCCAGCUUUGCUGAUCCGGUCUCGUUCCCGUCAGAUCAAGCGGAGCGGAACAACAUUGCCAAGUUACCAGGAAACAAGAAGCCAGCAAUCUCGCUCGACUUCGUCGUAAAAGACAUUAGCACAGAGUUAGACAAGUACACCCUUGACACUCAUGGGUUCCAGUACAUCAAGCACAAGAGCAAGUUAUCCAAAGACGACUUUGCCGAUGACGAAAAAGUCAGAACUAUCUACUACCCUGAAUCGAUUGAUUUGAUCAAAAGGGCGACAGGGGCGUCUUACGUGCACGUGUAUGAGCACAACUCUCGGGGGCCUGUCAAGCCCACUCAGAACAAGGAGAUCCCGAUGCAAUGCCCCUGCCACUUUGUCCACUGCGACCAGUCGUACAACGGCGCCAAGACGAUUGCACUCAGUCGGAUCCCAGACAAGGCUUUCGCCGAGAAGGCGAUCCAGGUACAUUUUGCCGUUAUGAACGUGUGGCGUCCUGUCAGGACAAUUUACAAAGAUCCUUUUGCAUGCGCUGAGGGUGCCUCCGUUGUAGAUGACACGGACCUGGCACCGAUGCCCAUCCAGGCAGAUGACCUUUUAGAAGAAGGGUGGGCAGUGGGCCCGAACAAGCGGCACCGCUGGUACUUCAAGUAUGCUCAGCAGCCCGAUGAGGUGCUGUUGUUUAAAAAUUUCGAUUCCGAGGGGCCAGUGAAAAGGAUUGUGCAUUCUGCUUUUAUCGACCCAUCGAAUGUUGAUAAUUAUGACAGGGAGAGCAUUGAGCUCCGCUGUAUUGUUGUAUUUAAUCAGGAUGCAAGCGGGAUCGGUGUAGUUGAUGAAAAAGAGUCCGGGGUCGGGGGAGCAGGGAAUGCUCAAGGUCAGGUCACAGGAUGA